AUGUGUUUGCAAGCGCUGUCACCUAUUCCGUACCCGGAGGACACCCAACAUACCUUCCAACAGGCGCUGAAUCGACUUGAUUCGGUACUCAAUCCCAAGCGAGCUUCGUAUCUUGUCUUGCGUGUUGAAGGUUCAUUGGUCGCAAUCACAUUUGUUCCAUAUGUUGCCAUCGUUAAUGACAAUACUGCGUUACUGGAAAACCGACAGCUCCUCCUCGAAACGCUAGGCGAGCAGCACUUCUCGGCGUCAAUAAUUUGCAAAGAGAUGGGCGAAGUUGUAGACGCACGGUCCUGGGAUGAACGGAGCGGCGAAGGGCACUCUUGGAAUCGCGAUUAUGACGAGCGCGCAGAUGGUUGUGAGAGGGAUGACGAGACUACAAGCGGUGUGCACGACCUCGGGUACAAGAAGAACAAGUGUCGACUGUGUGACCGACGGAUGAAGAACAAUAUCGACGACGCCGCUCUCAGUGCACUCAAAAGUCUCGUUGAAGGCGGAGGCUGUUCCGUCAACGUAUCCACAGAGAUCUUGCAGCUCAAUUUCCGCGCUAACGACCUCGCCCCAGCGGAUGUCGCAUCUCGAUUGCCUACAGACAAGCCAAGCUUCACUUUCUACCGUCAUGCCUCGAACCAUCGUCUCUACUUCAUCUUCUGCGCCCCAGACAGCGCCAACGUCAAAGAGCGAAUGAAGCAUACGAUGGCAAUUCCCGGCCUUAUCAACAUCAUCGCAAAGGACAACAGUGUCAGUGUUGACCAGAAGCUUGAGAUCCACGAUCCGGAAGAAUUGGACUUCGAGCAAAAGGAUGAGCGGAUCGGAAAGUUCAGGUCGAUGUACUUGAGAAAUGAAUGGGCAGGCACAGAAUCGCAAUGGGCGGGUAUGGAGGCGCAGCAGAAGAUUUUGGAUGCAAUCCGUUGA